UUAGCAUGCAGCGUAAAUGAAAUGUUUUUCUUUGUUUCCACAACUUGUCUUCAACAGCAGUGAAAAUAUGGUUCAUAUACGACUUGUGUUACUGGUGGAAGUCUCAAAAGAAAAAUGCACAACGUCGACAAAUUAUUAAUAGCUUGCUUCGUGUUCCUUACAGAAGGAGUCCUGCGUUGCUGUUCACAAGAGAGAAACCUAACAAACCAUCUUCUGAACACUACUCGUUACAACAAGAGGUUCCGACCAGUUCUACACGACAAUCACACCUUGGGAAUCAGGCACAGCUUGAUUCUUUACCGGAUUGUUAAAGUAGAUGAAAAACAUCUUAAAAUUGACCUAGAUGUAAGGAUUAAAAUGCAAUGGAAAGAUCAGAACUUAAGAUGGAAUACUUCGGAUUAUGGCGCCAUAAGGCAACUGAACUUUGAUGGAAGUGAAAUCUGGACACCUCAAAUAAUUUUGUACAACAAUGCGGACUUCGACGACUCGGACAUAGGCUCCUUUAAAGCUACCGUGACGUAUGAUGGUAAUGUCACCUGGGUCGUUCCCAUGGUGACAAUGAGCUCUUGCCAAAUAAACGUGCAAAAUUUUCCCUUGGAUGAACAGAUGUGUAAAUUGACGUUCGGAUCUUGGAACUUCGACACCACUAAGCUCAACAUAUACCCAGGUAGUGACACCAUAUUCACUCAACAUUAUCUUCCCAAUGGAGAAUGGCAACUGAUCAGCGCUCGCUCUGAACGAAGCCUUAUGUCACACUUCUGCUGCAAGGCCAUGGUGUCACGAGUGUCGUAUGUUUUACACAUCAGAAGGCUAUCCCAGUUUUACGUCACCAAUUUCAUUGUGCCUUGCGCACUUAUCUCAGUGCUGACACUUCUGGUGUUUAUGAUGCCUGAAGACACUGGUGAGCGGAUGGCAGUCGGAGUUACAAUACUCCUCUCACUAGCUGUGUUUUUCUUGAUGGUGGAGGAGAAGAUGCCAGUUUCGGAGAACGUUCCAUUGAUUGGUAAAUACUACUGCUGUACAAUUAUCGAAGUAUCGCUGGCCCUUGCUGCCAUGUGCCAUGUGUUGCGGUUUGUUCAUCACCAGGCCCACGCAUUACCAGAUUGGAUAAAGAAAUAUAUAUUAGGAUUCCUGGCACGAGUCGUAUUCUACAGAACCGAACAAGUUAAAGCUAAGAACGAGCAGACACCACACAUUAGAACACAAACCGACCCAAAGGAUUUGCGAACAUCCCGAGGGAGUGAAGCAAGUGAAACGGCAGUGCGCGUAACAGUAAAUAAAUGGAGAAAACCCUUACAAGAAAAGAAACCCGAACCUCCUGCAGCCGAGUCCCGCGCGGUCAAAAUCCUGGCCGAUAGUGUAAAAGAGCAGGAAAAGACAGACGAACUACAAGAUGAGUGGGUCCUGGCGGCCAAUGUGCUCAACAGAUUCUUUAUGUGGUUGUUUUUAGCCUCUGUUGUCAUAACUCUCAUUGCUGUGUUCUCAGUAGACACACGUUUUGAAAACUAAGCCCUAGGUAUAAACUGAACAUUCAUUUGAAGUAACAGUCUAUUUAAAUAACCAAAAAAAAAAAUUUCUUUUUCAGUGCAAUUUUCAUUUCCCUUUAAAGAAAAGUGAUUACUCUUUAACAACGAUGGAGAUUUCUAAUAUAGCCUUUUGAGAGGGAUACCGGCCGAAAAAAAAGAGUAAUGAUACCAAAUUCUCAUCAAGUGAAAAUUAGGUUUUAGUUUUACAAGAUUUUAUGGAAGAAUGUUCAACAAAGCAACGGAUUUAAUUAUGACAUAAAGUUAUCCAAGGAUAAAAGGGGUAUAGAAUGGACUUCAAUAUGUAAAAGGGUUACGACAGGUAAUACCGUUAUUCUUACAUAUUUCAAUUUAACCCCUUCACACCCAAACAUCAGUAUGCAUAUUCUCCAUACUGGUAUCAAACGUUUCCUGCGGUGCUGACAAGGAAAAUUCAAUUAACAAUCACGAGCUACUUUAGAUAGUAAUAAUUUCCCUUAGCAUCGUUUCUUUAAUGUGUGAUUCAGGGUGAUAUUGUAAGGAGAAAUUAGAUGCCAGUCACUCUAAAAGCUCAAAGGGUAAAGGUUCUCUCUAAACCACUGAAACCUUGACAUGUUAUUUGUAGCACUGAAAACGAAACUCUUCUAUUGUCUACGGACUCUGUCUGCAAUAAAUAAACUCAGUAAAAUUAUAAAUAAGAACAAAUUAAUGAAUCUUAAAUAUGCCUACGACAUUGGGUUCCUUUUCCUGUUUGUAAUUGAACAAAGUGCCUGAUUUAUCUAACUUUUCAAAAAAGUAACCAGUGUCAAUUGCAGCUAAUUUCUUUAGCAUUCCCACAAAUAAAACCUUGAUGAAGCCUAGA